AUGCCACUUUUUGGCUGGACAAAAUGGCCCAAAUACAAUUCCUACAGACCCAACCGCCGCCCUGGCUCAGAGGCAGCGACAAAGAUGCUGCUUCGGGAAUUACAAUGGCAUCUAAAGGAGAGAGAGAGACGCGUACAAGAGAUCGCAGAUGAGCAAAACGGGAAAGAAACAGGUGUGGAUGACAGCAGGCUGCGAGACCGCCAGAUCCCCCGCACAGCCAUCCCCGCCACCGCGCAAGGGCAGCUUGAAGCUCUGUGCGCGCAGCUGCGGCCCUGCCAGGCGGGGGCCGUGCUCAGCAGAUUUCGAGAAGUUCUGGCAGAAAAUGAUGUGCUGCCCUGGGAAAUCGUCUACAUCUUCAAGCAGGUUCUCGAAGAUGCCCUGGGCAGCCCUGAGAACGGCGGGCAGCCAGGGGGCCUGGCCGCGGGGGGCCCCGCUCACCCCGCGUGCCCCGGGGACCACGCCCGGAGCUCGGACAAGGACGAGAUUCCCACCAUUUCCAGCUACGUGGACCGAAAGACGGAGAACAGGCCCCCGGCGUCUGCGCCCAGCACGUGGGACCUGCCGCAGCACCGCCCGGCGCCCUGA